AAUUACGAGGACAUCUUUCGGCUUUCUUGGGUUGGCCAGUCCACAGUAUCGAAUCUCGCUCUCCUCUCGAAACGAACUAUCGAUACUCAAGCCAGUAGUAAACAACAAACUGAAACCGAAAGUCCAAACAAACGUGGAUCCAAAUCCUCUUUUCGUUUUCUGAAAUGCUUUGAUUAUCCACAGUGUUGGACCUUAGGUAUAUGUUUUUCUUUUACUGUCCGUUUCAACAUUUAUUGCAUUUAUUUUAUUAUGACACAGGAAACAUGUGUACUUUGUAAUGCGAAGCUUGAAACGAAAGAGGCUUUAAAAGACCAUUUUCGGAAACAUGCCAAUAAGGAGAUUGACAGUAAAGGUUGCCCCAUUGCUAAAGAUAUUAGCGUGCCCAAUUUCAAGCCAGUCAAGCUGCCGACUAAGAAAACAGGACCACGUUCUCCUUUGAGUCUGCUAAAGCCCUCUGCUGCAUCGGAGAAAACCUUGUCUUCCGGCUCACGGCAACCAAUCAAAUGCGAUGUUUGUGAACUGCCGUUUGAAAAUGUUGCUAAGGCCAUUAGUCACAGAUGGAAGGCUCAUCCUGAACAGCCCUCCAAAUUUUUCUGCUCUCACUGUGGAAAACACUUUCCAUUAAAGACUAUUCUUGACAAUCAUGUAGCAAACCAACAUACAAAUACGGCCCCUAAAAAUGUUGUGAGAUGUGCAAACUGCGGUGAAGAAUUUUUCAACCAGGCUGCUUUGAGUUAUCAUGCCAAGAUAGCCCACAAGAGGGUUGAUUCAGUUUUGAGGCCCGUAGCAACUCCUCCGCCAAGUAAGAAAAUAAGGCUCAACAAUGCUGGUGAAGCAGAUUCUGUUUAUUAUUGCCACCUUUGUGGCUCAGAAUACAUUCUCAAAUUUAAUUUGAGAAAGCAUUUAGAAGUUAGACAUGCUGCUGAAGAUACAUCCUUUGGGCUGGAAACUGAAAUCAUUCGUUGCACUAUUUGUGAGGCAGUGUUCUGCAAUAAAAGAGCUUAUGAGGUCCACAAUAUGUAUCACCAGCCCGAUGAUAUGUAUGUUACAAGUGAAGAACAUAGAUUAAAAAUCGUCUCUCGGGUUGACCAGGACUUUGACUUACGUCGAGUGCAAAUUCAACAGCCAAAGUCAGUUCGUGGCCUAGCUAUGCAUUAUUCCAAAACUGUUUGGAAUGCACCAUUUAACAGUCUUGCGUCUAAUGCUGAAUCCAACUCUAUCGUCACAAAAAUUAUGAAGAAUGAAGAUCCUUCAGAGUCACCUUCUAAAGUGAAAUCAAAGCAGAUUGUCUCAAAAGGACAGAAAACUACUAAGCGUACCAGAUCAAACUCAUCCUGUGAUGCGGAAGGUAUCAGGCCUGUUGACAAAAGAGGAGAGCCUUCAAGUCCUCCAAAAAUUCCUCCUAAAGGAAAAAAUAAACCGAGAAUCUUAAAAGCAAACAAAAAUCAAAAGGGUAAUAGUUUGUGUUCACCUAGUGUUGGAGAACACAUUCCUUUAGAAAACUCAAGAAGCAAGGGAAAAUCCAGCAGUCCCUCAAGCCUUCAUAAGGAUGAGGUGAAUUCUGAAAAGAAAAUUCAGGAGGCUUUGACCGUGGAGAGCAGUAGGAGAGUACUCAGGAGUAGUGUGUCAAAGAACUGAUUAGCAACUAAUGAAACUGACAAAAUUGAAAUGACCAAUGUUAAUGAUAUACGCUUAAUUCACCAUUUUGACGUGUGGAUGAGUUCAAGGGCCCAUUCUUACUUCCAUGUGAUACAAGAUGACGCCAUAGCUUUUCUUGACGCCAUAGCCUUUCUUAUGAAUGUCAUUGUCUUCCGAUUUCAACUAUUUGUUGUAAUUUGUUGUAACUAAUGUUCCAAUUUCAAGUUGUUCCUGUGCCUGUGUGUCUUUGUGUAUUUACAUAGUGACGUAUUUACACUUAAAAGUGUAUUUUUUAAAUGUGGUUGCAAUGCGAUUGCUCAAACGUUUUAUACAUGUGGCCCUAAAUUGUGGCCAAUAAAGGCAAUAUAUUUGGA